GACACCUCCUCCUGGCCACAACGGGCGACUACGAGAGAAGAAGCCCCAUGGCAUCGACCGGAGGCGCCAUCCAGACAUCCUGACUCAGGCUGGUUCCGGUUGGCCAGUCCGCGGCUGCGACGGCCUCCUGCUCCAGAGGUAUCCAUGGUAGGAGGGUCUUCUUUGGCUGCACCGCAGGUCCAGGGUCAGCCUGCGUGGAUGAAUCAGUCAGCCCCUGGGUUGUGGGGGUUGCCUGCUGGAAGGGUUCCGGCUAGUGGGAUGUGGGUUCUGGUGUCCAGGUCCAGCCGCCUACAGCUGACACUUGCAUGGCCCAACCCAACCUAUAGGACCCUGGGGUCAGGGCCUGAUGUGAGGUCCACCACCCAUACCAGUCACGUUCGACGGGCAUCCGGAUCGCCUGGCAAUGUUCUUAAGCCAUGUGAUCAGCCACCUGGAUCGAUAUGCUCAACACUAUCCAUCCCAAUGGGCCAUGGUGAUGGCGGUGUCCGCAGGGCUGCAGGGUGAGGCAGCGGCAUGGGCAGCGGACCUGUACAGUGAUCAUGCUCGGGAGCUGGCUAACACUGGGUUGUUCCUGGAUGCAUUGCGUGCCCACUUUGAAGACAUCACCCGGGCUCAGCAUGCGGAGGCGGAGUUGCUGGCACUGAGGCAACAUGGUCGUCGUGCAACUGACUACGUCCGUGAGUUCCGCAGGGUUGCAGGGAGACUGCGGUCUUGGCCUGAACGCUUGCUUGUCCAUCAAUUCCGGGCAGGUCUGGACCGAGAGCUGCAUCAGGCUUGCGUGCUCCGAGGGGUACCCAGUCGUCUCCAGGACUGGUUCCGGGUUGUUAUAGAUCUGGACACAGGUCUCCAGGAGUUCUGGGGCAAGGGAGAGGAACCGCUCAUACCAGGAAGACCACUGGCAAAGCUAUGGGAGGAGGGGAGACGGGGUCCACCCGCAGAUGUGGGCUCUUCUGCCCCUUCUGCCAGGGUGCCAUUCCGCUGUUUCCGGUGUAACCAGCCGGGUCACAGAGCAGCGGACUGUCCAGCCCCGAGUCCACAGGCUCCUUCCUCGGCUCCUGGAAAACCCACUCCGAGGGCCAACAAAACGCCUGACACAUCGAGGGCGGCACAACAGCCAGAGGCAGGUACAUCCCAGCAGUCGGUCCCAAAGGAGGAGGAGGAGGAGGCCACAGCAGCCACAAGAUAUCGGCUGGUAGCUGAUGACAGUGAUGACGACAUAGCCAAUGAUCCUAUGGGGGCAGGAUGCGAGGAAAAGGUCGGGUUGACGGAAUCCAGGGAAGAAGCCCCCUUUCCAGAGGUCUACAGUGAUCUAGCUGAGGUCUUCAGCGAGCAAGAGUGCAACAUUCUGCCACCUCACCGCGCUACUGACUGCGCGAUUGAUAUCCUGCCAGGAGCUAAAUUGCCCAAAACCCAGAUGUAUGCCAUGACGCCCAGGGAGCUGGAGGAGCUACGAUGUUACAUCAACCAGAACCUGGCCCGGGGGCUCAUCCAACCACCUCGGUCACGAGUGGCCACCCCAGUCUUAUUCAAGGAGAAAAAGGACGGUUCCUUACGGCUCUGUGUGGACUUCCGCAGGAUUAAUGCGGUGUGUGUGGACCAUUUAUACCCACUUCCAUUGAUGAAGGACCUCUUGGCCCAUCUGGGGCGUGUAUUCAGGAAGCUGGACCUGCGUGAGGCUUAUUACAGAGUCCGGAUAAAGAGUGGGGACGAGUGGAAGAUGGCGUUUAACUGUCCGCUUGGCAGCUACCAAUUCCAUGUGAUGCCUUUUGGCCUGCAGGGGGCCCCCACGGUGUUUAUGCAACUCAUCAACCAGGUGUUGCACAAGUACUUGUACCGCGGGGUCCUUGUGUAUUUGGACGAUAUCCUAAUAUAUACAACCACACUGGAGGAACACGUCCACCUAGUUAGGCAGGUACUGAGGAAACUGUUGGAUGCUUGCCUCUUUGUGAAACUCUCUAAGUGCGAGUUUCACCGGGCUCGGCUGGACUACCUGGGUUACAGGAUCUCAGGGGAUGGUGUGGAGAUGGACCCACACAAAGUGAGGGCAGUGUUGGAGUGACAGGCACCCCGCCCUCGUCGCCAGCUACAAAGCUUCCUGGGCUUCGCCAAUUUUUACCGGCAAUUUAUUCCAUCGUUUGCCGCGGUAGCCCUUCGCCUAACUAACUUGUUACGUACGAAGCACACUGCGAGUAAGCCACGACCUGGACAACUGCUGGAGUGGACGAUGGCCUGUCAGAAAGCGUUUGAGGACCUGAAAGCCCUGUUUGCCAAGGAACCGGUCCUACUCCACCCUGAUCCUGAAAGUCCUUUCGUAGUCCAGGCUGACACCAGUGACAUAGCUGUGGGGGCUGUGUUGUUGCAAAAGAACAGCCAAGGCAUGCUGCAGCCAUAUACAUACACGUCGCAGAAAUUUUUAGCUGCUGAGAGGGCAUGGGCGAUUUGGGAGAAGGAGGCCUUUGCGGUACGAUGGGCUCUUUCAACAUGGAGACAUCUGCUGGAGGAGGCAACCAAGCCAUUUGAGGUGUGGACUAACCACAAGAACCUUGAGGUUUUGCAAACGCCGGGACGCCUAUCGCCUAAGCACGUCCAAUGGGCCCAAUACUUCUGCAGGUUUCCGUUCACUCUGAAGUAUGUGUGGGAGGGAGGAACUUCCUGGCCGAUGCAUUAUCUUGCAUGCCCCAAUACCACAGCAAGCGGGAGGAGGUUGUACAGGUGAUUAUUCCGCCUUACCAACAGGGGGUCGCUCGAGCGGUUCCACGUCAGUUGGCGGGUGACUUGACCCAACAGCUACUAAUGGCCGUUAAGAAUGAUCCCUGGUUGAAGGACCAUCCCGGCAUCUUGACACAAAGGGAUGGUUUAGCAUGGAAAGGCAAUAAACUGUACGUACCAGAGUUACUGAGGCACUUGGUUCUCAAGCGGUGCCACGACGCCAAAUAGGCAGGCCAUUUCGGCUUCCUAAAAACAUUACAUCUCGAAUGGCGUGAAUUCUGGUGGCCCCGGAUUAAAGUGGAUGUAGAGGCCUAUGUUAGAAGUUGCCAUGUCUGUGCUAUGGCCAAGCCCCAUACUGGAAAGCCUUUGGGUUUAUUACAGACAGUAGCAGAUCCAGCCCGACCCUGGGAGGAUAUAGCCAUGGAUUUCAUUGUAGAUUUACCAGAGAACUUAGGGUACACAGUUAUUUGGACCGUAAUCGACCUGUUUUCCAAACAGGCCCAUUUUGUUCCUUGUAAGGGGCUACCGUCUGCUCGGCGUUUGGUCAGGUUAUUUAUUGACCAUAUCUACCAGGCCCAUGGUGUUCCUCGGCGUAUUAGAUUGGGGGGUGCAGUUUACCGCACAGUUCUGGAGGGAUUUCGUUAAAUACAUAGGAUCAUCCCAGGGCCUCAGCUCAGCAUACCACCCCAGCACCAAUGGAGCAGCUGAGCGAGCGAAUGCCAUGGUAGAGCGCUACCUAUGCUGUUACGUGUCAUACCAACAAACAGACUGGGUAGACCUGCUCCCAUUCGCCGAAGUGGCCUACAACAACACUGUGCAUAACAGCACAGGAUUCACUCCUUUUCAGGUGGUGCAUGGGGUGGAUUUUGUUCCGAACCCUGAGUGGCCCCAGGGGGUCCCCUUGCCGUGUACACCCCAGGAUUGGAUGACACGAGUGGAAGGUCUGUGGGCUAAGGUUAAGGAAGCAUUGGCCAAAGCGGGGGCGGCCACAAAGGCACAAGCCGAUAAAAAAAGGGCUGAGCACAGGCCCUUUCAGGUGGGUGAUUGAGUAUACCUCUCCACCAAAUACCUACAUUCGAGGGUGCCCUGUAAGAAGCUGGGUCCCAAGUAUGUAGGUCCCUUCAAGGUGCUUCAGGUUAUAAACCCGGUAACCGUACGGUUACGGCUGCCUCAGGUCUUUGGAAAAGUGCACCCUGUAUUUCAUGAGAGCCUGCUGAAGCCAGUAACGAGUCCCCCCAGGGGCCUGGCGGCCCAACCAUCAGGCCCGGUUUCAGCGACCAGUUCGAGAUACAAGAAAUUCUGGACUCCCAGAGCCGUCGUGGACAAGUCCACUACUUGGUGAGAUGGAAAGGGUACCCUCUGUCGGAGGCGUCGUGGGUGCAGAAGGAAGACAUCCAUGCUCUGCAAUUGGUGUGGGUCAUCGCCAGCACCCUGGAAAACCGGGGGGAGGGGCCACGGAAGGGACUAAUCAAAUUGUCGCAUGCUCACCUGUCUCUGUUUGCCUUCCAGAAGGAGCCCUGGUAGAGGGGACCGCCUGUCAAGCCCCUGGGCUUGCCAUGGGCCGGGAGAUGGGGAGCAUGCAACCAGACGCCACAGGUGCCGUCCUCAGAGGAGACAGAAGCCAGGAACACUCCUCCUACCAGCUGGACAAGGGACUAGAUAAGCAAGAGGAGGGAGGGAUUGUGCCUUACCUUGGCUGCAGCUCCCUUCCUCCAGCUGCCUCGUUAACAGAAUAAAUGGCUGGGAGGCAGAGGCUCCGUGGGUGUGUCUGGAGGGGGGGAGGGUGGUGCACUACACCUGCUAUCCAUACGGACCAGAUGCUGGCUUGCUAAGUGGGAUGAGGUUGGUGGGUGGAGCACAACUAUAUAAAGCCAUGGGAGCAAUUCACUCCCAGUGCUGACUUUUCUUUUGCAUUAAAGUUUGCUGGUCACCUGUU